AUGGGCGAACAAAGUUUACAGUCAAAGCCGUACAACAUGCUUUUGCCAUGCUGCUUUCUCCUUCUUUUGCUUCCACAAUUGGCGCAAGCUAAACCACAGAAGACUUCGCAGACUGAUGGUUCCAAUCAUUUUCCAUCCUCUAAGAGAAUAUUGCAGCCCAGAAUUAUUGGAGGCACAGACGCCGAACAAGGCCAAUAUCCCUACAUGGUCAGCGUUGUUGCAAAUAGUGGUGCUCAUGAUUGUGGAGGCGUCCUGGUUGCCAAGGAUGUGGUAUUGACUUCCGCACAUUGUUCCGGAAAUUUGGCGCGAGUUCACGUGGGAAGAUGGAAUCGUAGGUUUCAAUUUCUGGGAGAUCAAUUUGAUGACAUUGCCAUUCGCAAGGAGUAUCUGCAUCCCUUGUUUGAAGGCGAGACGGAUUCGGAAAAUUUGAAUUAUGAUUUCAACCUGCUCAAGUUGGAUGGUUUCUCUGCAUUGCAACCCAUUCGCCUCAAUGAACAGUUUUUUGUGCCCAAUACCAAUCAAGCUGUAACCGCCGUGGGAUUUGGACAGACCCUACCAGACGAUGGAUCGAGCGAAGCUACGAUAUUGCAACAGGUCGAAUUGAAGUACAUUCCAAACGAAGAAUGCUCCUUGUCGAGUGAUGGCCUGGAUUCCUAUGAAGGACUCCUCUCGGAAGCCAUGAUGUGUGCGGCCGAUGAGGGCAAGGACGCCUGUUUUGGAGACUCUGGUGGUCCAUUAGUGGCUAGGAAUUUGGACUCGGAGCCAGUAGACAAUGAUCCGUCUCGAACCACGGAUGUUUUGGUGGGAUUGACCAGUUGGGGAUUUGGGUGUGCGGAUACUAACUUUCCAGGUGUCUACGCCCGUAUUAGCAAUCAAAUUGGAUGGCUGAAGGAAACCAUUUGUCAAAUAUCAGACGAUCCACCCAAUGAAUACUACAACUGUCCUACUUUUGCUAAAGAUGGUAAUGUCCCCGUCGUUGUGAAACUAACCCUGGACAACUAUCCUUCCGAAACUUCUUGGCAAAUCUCUUGCAACAAUGUAGUUUAUGGACAAGCGGCUGAGGGCAAAUAUGGGAAUCGACCUGGAGAAGAAUUGGAAGAGAAGGUCUUUGUUCCUUCUGGUUCAAGCUGCACCUUCCAAAUGAAAGAUAAAUUUGGAGAUGGAUUGUGUUGCGAUUCGCCUGGCAGCUUUCAAUUGUACCUCUACAAUGAUCCGUCCCAAGUCUUUGCCAGUGGGGGUGGCAAUUAUGGUCCGGAAGCAUCAUAUGGUUUCAAUAUCCCAUCUGAUGCCGAUACCGGUGACAUGGAUCCUAUUAUCGGGGAUGGGACAAUUCCAUUGACGGUGUCUCUGCUAUUUGAUGACUUUCCGGAAGAAGUGGGAUGGCAGGUGGAUCGCAUCGGCAUUGGUGCGACAACUGUGUACAAUUUUCCACCGGGAACCUACCGAAUGCCUAAUGGCCGUGCCAUUCAAACUGUCAUGCUGCAAGACAAUCAAAUUUACCGAUUUCGCAUCACCGACUUUCAGCGAGAUGGAAUGCCGGGAGGAACAAUCCAAGUAUUGCUGGGGACAAUGGAUGUCAACGAACGCGACAAGGCUAUUUUGGAACGUCGGGGAGGGGAUAUGAAAGAGUCUUUCGAAGUCACCUUUACGAGUUGGGAGAAUUCAAACCAAGCUACCGAGGCACCAGCCGUUGGGAGCGGAGAAUCCUUUUUGACAAUUGCCUUGGGAUUUGAUUUGUAUCCUCAGGAAAUUGGUUGGCAAUUGCGGGUUCGGGAUCGUUCCUUGAUUGACUUUUCGAGGAGCGAAGAAGAGGAUGGUGAAAUCGUUGCCUUUCGACCUAUUGGAUACUAUUCAGAUCGAGCACGAGAGACAGUAUUCGAUCAAGUGGCCAUUCCACAGCUUCCUCUGAACGGCGAGCGAGACUUUAUUUUCAUCAUUACGGACGAUCAUGGGGAUGGAAUGUGUUGCGAUUGGGGUAAUGAAUUGGUCGAGCCAGGCUACUCCAUUUACGAAGGAGACGCAUCCGCGCAGAAUUUGAUUCUAUCCAGCAAAAUGAAAGAUACCAGCCGCGAGAUCAAGUACUUUGACCUUCCCAGUGAACGCAAACAACCUGCUAGUACCAACGCCCCCACACAAGAUUCUGUCGAAACGUCAGCUGUCAAUCUGGAAAUUUCGCUAGCCUUUAGCGAACGAGGUGGGUCGUCUAGCUUUUACAUUGAAGAUUCUACCACUGGGAAUCGUGUGGUGAAUUAUCCUUGCAGCCCCAACAUUGGUACCACACGAACAUAUUCUAUUCCCAGUGGAGUCUACACCUUUGCAAUUUCCAAUGACUGUGGGAAAGUUGGUAGCGUGUCAUCGGAAAUGGAGUAUGCGGUUAGAUUGCAAGGGGCCGGUGAUAAUCGACCGCCACUACUUCAAGGUACCAAACCAGGAAUCGACACCUUUGUUGUGUGGGGAGAGGAGGCCCAAGUGGAAACGAUGGAAAUGUCUCUGGAAUUCACGACGAAUUCGGAUCCUUCUUCAUUCAACCAUUAUAUCAAGCGAUUGGAUGUUGAGGAAGAUGAUGCGUUCCUUGCGCAAGUAUCCAAGUUUUCGCUGGAGCCAAACAGGUACUACAUGCAAUCGUUAUCAAUUUCCAAGGGCGGACUGUACCGUGUGGCACUUCAAGGUGUGACAGAGUCGGCUCUUGUGAACAGUCAAGUGAUGUUGAAGAUUGGAGAUAAAUCUUAUCCUAUUACCUUUCCGGGAUUGAGGCCCAGCGAGGAGCAAUACAUCAAGUUCUUAGCUGGUUCUCUUCCUUCUGUCUCGACUGACGGACCAAGUCUGAUGCUCCGCAUCGUCUACGACAACGAUCCUUUGGAUUUGGAAUAUGUCUUGUUUGAAGAGACUGGCAACGGCGAAGACACAGCAACUUCUCGAGCAGUGAGUGGUCGAAAGAUGAGGAGAAAUCGUGUCUAUGCCUUUGGGCCACAAAAUGAAACUUUGGUAUCAAGUUUGGCUGGACAAGAACACAUUGAAAUAUUGCCACUACCAUCGUAUGCUGGCGAGAAAACCUUUACUUUGCUGCUUUCUGACUCUGGUGGAGACGGCCUUUGCUGCAAGCAAGGCAAUGGAGGUCCAAUCGAGUUAUUUGAUGGGCCAAUCGAGGACGAUAAGCUUUUAUUUCAAGACGCUUUUAGCGGCACUACACGAAAGGCGUUCACUUUUACACGGCAAGGGGAAGCUCAACCUUCUUCUUCGUCUCGGUGUGCUCCGUUUUCGGUAGGUUUGGGCGUAUCUUUCGCCCUAGCUGCCUUGUGGAUCGUUUAG